AUGUACAAGGCCGUCAUCCUGCCGACGCUGCUGUACGGAGCGGAGACUUGGGCAGUGUACACAAGGCAGGCACGCCGACGGAACCACUUCCACCUCAGAUGUCUUCGUCGCAUCCUGGGACUGAACUGGCAGGAUCGAAUACCUGACACUGAUGUGCUGGAACGGACGGGAAUCCUCAGAAUCUACACCAUGCUGAGACAAAUACAGCUGCGUUGGAGCGGCCACCUGGUGCGCAUGGACGACGAACGACUACCCAAACGACUCUUCUACGGAGACGUCGCCACGGACUCUCGCCGCCAAGGAGGCCAAAUUUGUCGAUACGAGGAUACCCUGAAGCGUCUGCAAAUUAACCCUAUCAACUGGGAAGACGUCGCCCUCGAUCGGCCGACCUGGAUGAGGACAGCGAAGACAGGUGCUGCGGUCUACGAAGCCAACUGCAUCGCCGCCACCAAAGCGAAACGCGAAGCACGAAAAUCACUGCUGCGCCCAGUACGCAACGCCGACACACAACCGCUUCCAACAUGCUCUCGAUGCCAACGGACAUUGCGGGCACGAAUUGGACUUGUUGGACAUCUUCGGAUAAACUGCAGCUCUAGGAUUGCCCCAACCGUCGUCCCUCAGCCCGCCUCUUCCUCAGCCUCUCUGUCGCUAACUACUCCUGACUACUCUACGGCCCCGCUAUCUCUAACCUCCUCCUCCUCCUCCUCCUCCUCCUCCUCCUCCUCCUUCUCCUUCUCCUUCUCCUCCGUGUCUUUUCUCCCCCACCUUACCCUCUCCCUUUUUCUUCACCCCUUACGCCCAUCCCCUACCCUUCCCUCUUUCAUGCACAUCUUCUCCUCCCACCCCCGCCCUCCUUUCCCUUUCCAGCCCCCAUUGUGCUCUAGAAUUUGGGCGACAUGCAAUCACAUGGGUGACCCAGACCAACUCCAGUCGCUCUCCACUAAAAAAAGUCAGAACCCAUAG